CAAAUUCACCGCUAAAGGAAAUGGUUGGUAGAAGUGGAGGAAGUUAUUAUUAUUAAAUUAACCUCAAUUGUUCUUCCUUGACAACGCCAGUGACCGUACACGUGAAGUUGUAGAUACUUUACAAAAAUGGUGGCUGCAAAAAAGCAAAAGAAGACUAUUGAAAGUAUCAACAGCAGGCUAGCCCUGGUUAUGAAAUCAGGAAAAUACUGUUUAGGAUACAAACAAACCUUAAAGACUCUGAGACAAGGAAAAGCCAAACUUGUAAUUAUUGCAAAUAACACCCCUCCUCUAAGGAAAUCAGAAAUUGAAUAUUAUGCCAUGUUAGCCAAAACUGGAGUCCAUCAUUACACAGGUAACAAUGUAGAAUUGGGAACAGCUUGUGGUAAAUACUUUAGAGUAUGUGUUAUGUCUAUAACGGAUCCUGGUGAUUCAGAUAUAAUCAGGACAAUGCCCACAGGAGAUGGUGCACAGUAAAUAAAUACAUUCUCUAAUUUAAGACAUUGUUAUUUUUUUUAAGUGCUAAUAAAAGCUGGCCCAAGUGUCUUACAAGUGUU